AUGGACCGAAUCAAGAAGCACUCGGCCCCCCGUGUCUUUUGCCCUCAGGCACCGACCUUUUUCGAUGUCACGUUCAACAUGGCCAUCUUCUGGGGCGCGGAUUCUCCUGGAGUGACCAAAGUGGUGUGGAUUGUUCGUGCGGUGACGUCACCAAAUGAAGGGCGUUGGGUGGAGAGUGAAGAGUGCGGAGGGUAUUCUGGAAGCGGCGAAAAUAACACGGAAAUGACGCAAAAUACGGAAGUUAAGGGAUGA